GGUUGGUGGGGGGAGGGGGGGCACAAUCAUCAUGUGACAUCACAUUUUUUUUUACUUGUACAUUGAGUGUAUCUGUCAUUGAAGAACCUGAGAAUGUAUGAUAAUUUUAUCACUCUAUAUACAUGUCUGAUCUCCUCUGCCUUCUUGACAAAAAUGUUUAGUGCACUUGACAUGAGCAUUGUUUGUUUUUGUUUGUUAGAACAAACUCUCUUAGAACCAACAUUCUUAGAACCAACAUUCUUAGAACCAACACUCUUAGAACCAACACUCUUAGAACCAACACUCUUAGAACCAACACUCUUAGAACCGACACUCUUAGAACCGACACUCUUAGAACCAACACUCUUAGAACCAACACUCUUAAAGCCGACACUCUUAGAACCAACACUCUUAGAGCCGACACUCUUAGAACCAACACUCUUAGAGCCAACACUCUUAGUGCCAACACUCUUAGAGCCAACACUCUUAGAACCAACACUCUUAGAACCAACACUCUUAGAACCAACACUCUUAGAACCGACACUCUUAGAACCAACACUCUUAGAACCAACACUCUUAGAACCAACAUUCUUAGAACCGACACUCUUAGAACCGACACUCUUAGAACCAACACUCUUAGAACCAACAUUCUUAGAACCGACACUCUUAGAACCAACACUCUUAGAACCGACACUCUUCUAGGGCGUGUUUUUACAAAUAAAAUUUGAAAGGAGAACAUUUGGUGUUUGGUUUGGAGAUGGGGGAGGGGGGGAUAGUAAUCAGUGAAGAAUCCAGUGAUUGCAACAUUAAAGUUGGAUUGGUGUCACCAGGUACAAUUUUAGAAUAACCCCCCAACCCAACCCCCCCCAAAUCGCCCCGGUCCCCUUUGAUGGCAUGUCUACACACAUUAAAGAUACUUGGUCACAAUGGACUCAUUGCUCCCCCUCCCCCCUUGGAUGGCACAUCUACACACACGUUAAGAUCCUCUUUAACAGUGGAUGCAUUGGGUGGUCCCCCACCCCCACAGUCUUUAUUUUAAGUUCAAAUAUUUAAGUGAGAACUUGUGUAAAUGCAUUUGUUCAAAUUUUUUUUAAAAAUGGUUGUCUGCAUGACGUAUAUUUUAAUGAAGGUUCAAAUUAUUAUUAUUGGGUAUUAUUAAUUUUUUGUAACUAUUGAA